GCAAUUUUUUUUAUACACUGGCGCGCGCUGUUCAAAAACACAGAGAAGAAACGCGGGCAGAGGCAGCAGCAGCAGCGACUUCAACUGUAUACCGACAUUUAUUGUUUUUUUACAGUACGACAGAAACGUGUCCGAGUGAGGUUUGAGAAGAUGAUGCCCACUACUACUACCAGGAAGAGGAAGCUCUCCUCUCUGGACUCUGACAGUAAUCUGGCCAAGACCAGGGUGAGGGAGGAGGUGUCUCCUGUGAAGAGGAGAUCUCCCAAGAAGCCCCCACAGUCUCCGACCAAGAGGCCAGUCCGGCGUCUGCAGAAGAACUGUCCCUCUCCACAGAAAUCCCCACGCAGACCAGCAGGCUCUCCAGCCAAUUCACCUCGCAGAUCUCCAUUCAAGCCCUCGGUGGUUACAGGCUCCUUCUACGGCCAGAAGAAGCCCAUCUAUCUCACUCCACUGGAGAGGAAGGCGAUAAAGGAGUCUCUGCCUUCUCCUCCUCGUCCUGCUCCAUCCCCUCCUUCUCAGGAGAAAAAGAAGAAUAAGAGGAAUGUUAAAGGAGGCAGCAAGCCGAGAAAGGCUGCAGGAUCUAGUAAUGCUGGGAAGACGAGUGUCAAAUACAGCGGGACAUUUACAAAGACGAUCAAGCUGCCCAAACUUAACAGCAGCAGUGUCCCCGCUAAACCGGCGUCCACUACAACCACUGCUCCCGCCGUCAGCGCUAAGCCAGCAGAGUCCAAGAAAGCGAUCACCAUCACUUUCAGCAGCCUGAAGCCCAAACCCAAGAUCUUUGUGGGAGCUGCUUUCUUCGGUACAGGGAAGAAACCUACGUCCAUGUACAAGAAAGCUGCACCGAAAUCCUCCACCAGACCAGCUUCAGCUCCAAUGAAAAGCAAAACUGUCCCGCCACAGACAAAGAGUGAGAACAUAAAGCCACCUGCUCCUGUGAUGAACCAACUGGAGAAACGUCCUGAAGAGGCUGCUGUCCAGCUAUUGGAGACAGAAGAGAACCAGCUGAGCACCAAGCAGAGAACCAAGUUUGAUCCGCUAGACUGGAUGGACUGUGUCAGCGAACAGCCUGUCGAACAGUCACCCAGCUCUCCCAAAGUGCUUUCAGAGAAAUAUGGGAUCACCAAGAGGCUGUCGAUCGUGUUGACAAGGACUCCCACAUCAAGUCCUACAUCCAUGGCUGAAUCCCUCAGCGCUCAGGAUGGAGGCUUUGAGCCAGUGUUUGACCUUAGUGAUAUAAGUGCCAACACUGACGCUGCCAGCCCGCCCAAAGAAUCUGCAGCGGUGUAUCCCAUCUUUGGCUCUGCCUCCAAGAGAUUAAAGAAUGCAGCUCUGCGGCCACCAGUGUCCUGCAGCACCCCCUCUGGCCCGUUAGCGUCACUGCAGACGACUCCUGCAGUCAAAGAGCGAACUGUUCGCAGGAAGAAGGAGAAACAGGAUGACGACCAGCUCAUCAUCGACGCAGGCCAGAAGCAGUUUGGAGCGACGACCUGCAGCUCAUGUGGAAUGGUGUACAGCGCAGACAACCCAGAGGACAAUUUCCAACACACCCAGUUCCAUCAGCGCUUCCUUGACUCCAUCAAAUUUGUGGGCUGGAAGAAGGAGCGGGUGGUGGCCGAGUUCUGGGAUGGAAAAAUCCUCAUGGUCAUGCCAGAUGAUCCCAAAUACGCUGUUAAGAAGGCUGAGGACGUGCGGCGUGUAGCAGACAACGAGUUGGGCUUCCAGCAGGUGACUCUGAGCAGACCAACACAGGCCAAAACCUACCUCUUCAUCAACAGGGAGCGCAUGGUGGUGGGCUGCCUCGUCGCUGAACCCAUACGCCAGGCUUACAGAGUCCUCGAGCAGCCGGAUCAACACAAAGACAUGACAAAGGACGACUUCAUGGAGCGACACCGGGCCUGGUGCUGCUCCACCGUUCCAGAAAAAGCUCUGUGCGGCAUCAGCAGGAUCUGGGUCUUCGGUCCGGCCAGACGACGGGGCAUCGCAUCACGCAUGCUUGACACUGUCAGGAGCACCUUCUCAUACGGCAGCCAUCUAACUGUGGAAGAAAUCGCCUUCUCUGACCCAACACCUGACGGCAAACUGUUUGCGACAAAGUACUCCAACACACCAGCCUUCUUGGUUUACAACUUCAUCGCAUUAAGUAAAUACGUGGAUUAAAGAUGUUUUAACUGACCGUUGAAUUGUAUUACGUUAACAGCUCUUCAGGCAGUUCUUUAAUUGCCGUUCAUAUGCAAAGCAAUAACAGUUCAGGUUUUUAAUGCUGACUAGGCUUUAGUUUGUGAAGUGUAUGUGCAUCGCAGCCUCAGUUGUAUUCUGUGUUCAGGAUGCAAUAGUUUUUAAAGUUCUGUGAUCGCUCAGUAUUUAUAUUCGGUACUGCCUCGUCAACUGUUGAAUGUUGUGUAUACUGGCAGCGCUUCUAUUCAGAUGUUUAUAUUCAGCUUAAUGAGGAGCGUGACACUGCAGAGAAUGAAGAUGUUUUCCAUUUUUGCACCGCAGAAAACUGACACGUACAUUUCAUAUUCAACGCUACCAGUUUGAGGUUUUCUGGAUGUUUUUUGAAGGAAAAUAUAUUGAUAGACCUGUUGAAAGGUGGAUGCCGUUAUUGUUUAGAGGCAUUUUACGUUGUAAAUACAGUUAAUAAACAUUGCCUUUUGUUUAACGAUCAUAAAGGCAUUUCUUGAAAAUGUAUUCUGU